GUAUGUCAUUCAAUUUACUACGCAUGUGCAUAUCAGCUAUCUUGAACUCAUUUCUUAGUCACAAUUUCUUACUUCAAUCUGCUAGAACUAUAAUUAUACCCUUGAAUUUCUACCUAAUAGUCCUUAUUCUCCAGACGAUUCAUUGAGCAACGUGAUUGAAUUGCUUCACUUUUCUCAGAAUGGCCGACUACUAUCUGCCCGGGAUCGACACGGUUCCCUCUCUCUCUGCCGAAGAGAGGGCCGCAAUUCUAGACCACCUGUUUGAACCAUGUGUUCCUCUCCAUACACUAUCAAUCGAAUUGCUUGGCACAAAGACUUUUGACUCCUACGAUGAGCUCAUUUCCAGCGUAGGCGUCCAGCUGACCGAACUCGCCGAAUCACCAUCGACAAGCGAUACCGAGUGGCUCGUCAAGAUCCUCGGAGCUCAUCCCAGAUUAGGGGCGAAGAAGGUGGAUAGUGCUCAGAGCCAGGCGGAGCAGGCGCAGCUGAACAAGGGCGGGGAAGAAGAGGCGGAAGAAUUGCGGAAAUUGAAUGAGGAGUACGAAGCUACAUUUCCCGGCCUCAUCUACGUUGUCUUCGUCAAUGGACGGAGUCGUCCGGUCAUAAUGGAAAACAUGAGAGAGCGGAUCAAAAGAGGAGAUUUGCAGGCUGAGAAAUUGGAAGCGAUAAAGGCCAUGUGUCAAAUUGCUGCAGAUAGGUCGAACAAGCUGAAGCCUGCCAUUUCAGUCUAGAGAAUUUGCAAGGACUAAGAAUCACAGCACGACGUUAAAAUGAUAUCCUAAUCGAGUUUUCGGAUUUUUUUAUAGACGAUUUUUUUGUUUUCUGUGGAUAUACUUUGAUUCGCUUCGAUAUUUGAUACAACGGCGAAGCCGUAAUUGGAAUUUUGGAAUGCGUUUAAAUGAAUUGAGUGAACGAUAAACGACUCUGCUGCUCCGCCUCCUUGAGCUCUUCAGAACUGCUCUCAUGGUCUUCAUUCGGUUCGUCAAGGAUAUGCAUGGCGCUGUCCCAGAUACCGCUCGGCGCGAUCGGUGUAUUUGAAUCAGUGAAGUUGAAAUCGCUAUAUAUCAGGGGUGGCCCGCUAUCUUCAGUCUCUUGCAACAUUAUAUCUUCAGCAUCGAAAGCGUCAUAAUUUGAUAAUCCCAAAGACGACGACAACAGGCGAGGAACAGGGUGAGCUGGC